UUUAAAGAUGUUUUCAUUUCAGUUUCAAUUGUUUUAUCCUCGAAAUGGAACCAGAAAAAAUAAAAAACUUAGACGAGUUGAUUAAAAAAUACCACGGUGAAGAUGUGCAAAUUGUGGAUAAAAAGAUAACGAAUUUAACAGCCCCCGGUGAAAAUUACCUCAGUGAUAUAUUUAAACUCGACGUUACUAUAAAAAAUAAAAAUGGUAAUGAAAGUAUCGAGCACUACGUUGCCAAAUCAGUUUUGAUAAAACCCGAGAUGUCAACAGAAAUCAGUGUUGAAAUUUUUAAAAACGAAAUAUUAUUUUACACGACGGUUAUUCCUACGAUACGACAAUUUGCUAAAGAACAUGGACUCCAAGACAAGGACGUUUUCCCAGAAUUGAUUGCGGCUAGAUUGAAUUUAGAUCAUACAGAUAAACCUGAUGAGAAUGCUGUUCUGAUUCUGGAAAAUUUGGUGGAAAAAGGAUACACCAAUACUGAUAGACACAAAAGCUUCGAUCUAGAUGGCGUUAAAUUGAUAUUGUCAGAUCUCGCUGUUUUUCACGCUAUACCUUUGGCUAUGAAAAUUCAGAAUCCGAAAUUGUUUGAGGAGAAUAUCAUUAAAAAUUGCGGUUUACCACCUCCUCCUGGGAAACGUGAUGAUGAAAUGAAUCCAUCAUCACAAUCUCAACCUCCAAAAAAUGAUAAAAUGAAACCCCCAAAUCUAUUGCCUCUUUUUAUAGAGGUAGCCAAAGAAGAUAUUUUUUGUAGAAAUUACAUUGAUAAAUUGGAGAAAUUCAUGGCAGAUAUGGAAAAGAAAAUGCACGAAAAAUUCCGUACUAAACCCGAUUAUAGCUCGCCUUUUGUAACUUUAUGUCAUAAUGACAUGUGGGUAAAUAAUACAAUGCAACUUUCCGAACAAGGAAAGUUCGUGAAAAAUAAGUUUGUAGAUUUCCAAAUGUGUAACGUGAAUGAACUAUUUUCGGAUUUAAUAUUUUUCCUUUUCAGUAGUGUGGAUUUAAUCACCCUUGAAAACCAUUUAGAUUAUUUGAUAAUGUUUUAUCACGAAUGCUUCAUUAAAAUUUUGGAAAAGUGCAAAUGCGACGUCGCUCCUUACGCUUAUAACAAAUUUAUGCUAAAACUUAACGAAGCCAUCCCGUCGUCUUUCUUACAAAUAAUGAUAAUGAAUUUUACGGUUAUUUAUGCAAAGAAGGGAGAAGUCGGAGGCCCUUUCGGAAAGAAAGAAUUCACAUCUAGUGAAUCACAUCCAAUAGCUAAGAAGAAAUUUUUAUUUUUGUUUAGAAAAAUGAUUGAAAACGAAUGGAUUUAAACCAUAAUUUUUUCAAAGCAAUGCAACUUCGUUUUUCAAAUUACACCAAUUUAAUAAAAGCACAAAAAUUUGUAAUAAAUUUUUAUAUGAAUAGGUUUCAAAAACAAAGUAUAAUCUUUCAUUUGACCCGUCGCAAAUUGAAGCCAACCCAUGCUUAGCCAAAUUCCCAUCUGCCACUAUGCAAGAUUGCCAUUCACCAACAUCUUCUUCUCGAUUUAGAAUCCGAAUCUGUUCGUUCUGUAUUAAUUUACAUACCGAAAGUUGCGUUUUGAGUGUUCCAAUUCAAUGUUGACAGUUGACAGUUUCACUUUGAUGAUUUUGCAUAACCUCAAAUUUUUAAUUUACUGAAAUUAUUUGUUUUAUCCCAAGUUUUGUCUAAAUUAAUGAAUAACAAUGAAUGAUUAUGAAAAAGAUCAGCGAUGAAAAGUUAGUCGAAUCCACGCCACCUGAUCUUACAGAAAAAAGCAAUGCGGCCGGUUAAAUCUCGUGCAAGGUACGAAAAACAGUACGAGCUCUUUAUAAAGUGGCGAAAAAUGCGAAAAACCCAAUGGAAAACGUAGUGCUCGCUUAUUUUACAGAAAAAUCUGGAAAAGGUCUACUUUAUGGUCUAAAUUAUCGAUGAUUAAAAGUACUCUCGCAAUAAAACAAGAUGUUCACAUCAACAAAUAUCCAAAACUCGUCUGUUGCUCGUCUCGCAAUUUUCAGACUCGUCCAACAAAGUAGUACUUCCAGUCCUUGACAUGCAAAUAACUAUUUCCAUUGUACAAAAUAAGAAAUAUUAAUCAACAUAAAAUAAAAAUUCAAAACAAAAUAUUCACACAGACCCACGAAACUGGAAUCAAUUUGCGGCGGACCUCAAAGGCGUUCUGCACGUUGAAAAUCGAUCACCCAGCCGAGGUGACCUUAAUCGAAUUGACGUAAAAAUGGACAGUGCAGAAACCGGUUGACCGACUAAUAUUAGGUUGGAUGGUAAAUGACCUUGGUCGUGAGCGCAUCCCUCCUGAUAAGCUGCGUCACUCUACGAAUUGAGUCAACUACUCAACCGUGUAGAACGAAGCAAACAAACAAACGGUCACCUCAGUUAGGUGGUCGAUUCCCACAGUGUAGAACGCCUUUUACACUGUACCACAUCAACGUUAUGUUUUUUUUUUCCUUAUUUUAUUUAAAAUUUCCCUCACUUCCCCAUUACGAGAAUAUCAAUAUUAUGAACGGUUUUUCUUAAUUAACAUCAACUGCUUCCAAUUUAGUCCUUUCAUAAAAUUUAUAGAAUUGUGUUAUGAAGUUUUAUGAUACUGAAAUGAAUGUUUUAAUGAUUUUUUACAUAUUUUUAUGAAGUUUCAUUUUCCUUCUUGUUGAAUGUUUUUCCUGAGGUAAAGACAUCUACACAUGCAGGUGUUCUGCUAAUUGCAUAUAACAUUUUCAUAAAACUUCUUGAUUGUCUUGACCACGGUCUUAAAGAACUUUUCGGAAACUAUAACUAAUGUUCAGGUGGAUCACCACUCAGUUUAUAGCUGAUCUUAACUCAAACGUGAUUUAGAUCACAAUCAUCGAACGUCGCGUUGAAUUGUCGGUGGAAGUUUCAAAUUUGAGACAUGAUCUUCAAUAAUUUAUGAUUCUUAUUACUUUUUUAUGCGUUUUACCCCCUCAUAUGGAUUUUGCACCAAAGUUUGAUACUAGUUAGCUAUUUUUAUGCUAAAAUGACAAAUGAAAUAACCAGUCAGUUGAUCGCAUUUACCCACUGGUCCACCAGGGUAGAAAGGAUCAUAUGACUACGACCAAAUCAAAUUGAUCAGUUUCCGAACAACAAAGAACCCGAUCCGGAUUAGUUUCCGAACAAUCAGAUCAUGAUCAUAGUUUCCGAAAAGUCCUAUAGAGGACAUAACGAUAUAGCGAGGGUGGGUCAUUUCAAGGACUCUUAGUUAUCUCACUCUGUGACUUCCACGAAAUAUAAUAAAUAUGAAAAACACGAAAUAACUUAAUUGGUGAUACUGUAUAACGCAGUCGUCGAUUUCAGGUUGUAUAUUUUAUGUCAAAAUUUUAUCCUAACUCUACCACGUCCAUCCCUAGAUAACAGCAUCGCGUCACGGCUAUUUCAAACACUUGAGAGCCACGUCGCUCUGUAAAAAUUACUCUCAGCUGCACAAUAUACUGAGGAAGCAUUUUGUUUUAUGUAUUUUCUGGAAUAAUAAAAAGUUAUGCAAAUAUAA